AUGAAGUUCUCCAGCCAAGCCUUGACCAUGCUGGCCGUCAUCGCCCUCCACGUCGGGCUCGCCGCCAGCAGCACCGAGUCCGACGUCUUCCUGGCUCAGCACCCCGACAUCCAGGUCGGCCGGGACGCGCUCGUCAAGGCCGAGGCCGCCGCGGGCCCGGACUCGUUCAGCAUCGUCAACAAGCCGGCGGACGGCGUCGUGCUGUACCAGCACUUUGACCCCGACACCCACGAGCGUGUCUCCGCCGUGGCGCUCGUCGACGACAAGGAGGCCGAGACGUACUACAAGACGUACAACAAGGACGGAGACGCCAAGGGCGCCGUGAUGAAGCGGUUUGAUGCCGCGGUCGGCAAGUGCAGCCGGUCCGAGCAGGUGCCUCGCGGCUUGUUUCCGCGCGCUUCUCGCUGCGGCCAGUUUUGCUCUCGCGGCCACAGCUGCACCGUAGACCGCCGGUGCCCUGCGUGCCGAAACAAGAAGAAAUACAAGGGAAUCCGCCCACCUCGGCUCAAACACUCUCCAUCACGACUACACCUCACGCCCACGCCCACCAAAUCCAGCCGGUUCUGCGUCAUGCCCGAAAACACAGCCCCUUACCAGACACGCGGUCUACCGCCCAUGCCGGCCGUCUCGCGGCAGACCCUCCCCAUGGGCGGCCUCCUCGUCGACGUCUACGGGCUCGACGAGCUGCCCGCCGGCGACCGGUCGGCGCUGCCGACCACCUGCCUGUGGCUGCUGCACCCGCGCACGCGGGCGCGCGGGCACAUGGCCGACAUUGCCUCGCGCGUGCUCGCCGCCUGGCACGCCGCCGCCGCCCCGCAGACGCCGUCGCGCAACCUGGUCGCGCUGGCGUUUGACAUGCCCAACCACGGCUCGCGGCUCGUCAGCGCCGCCGCCAACGAGGCCUGGGACGGCGGCAACGCGACGCACGCCGUCGACAUGCUCGGCAUGGUAAAGGGCGCCGUCGCGGACAUGGCCGGCCUCAUGGACCUCGUCGAGGCGUACCUCGGCCUGCGCGCCGCCGACGCCGCCCACGUCUGUCUGGGCUGGAGCCUCGGCGGGCACAGCGCCUGGCAGGCGUGGAUCGGCGAGGACCGCAUCGACGCCGCGGUGGUUGUUGUGGGCUGUCCCGACUUUACGAACCUCAUGAGCACCCGCGCCGCCGCUGGCAACCUCGUCGUCCCCGCGGGGAGCAGCUUCCUCGGCAGCAGCCACUUCCCGCCGAGCCUGGCGCGCGUGUGCGCGGCGCACGACCCCAAGGCCCUGCUGUUUGGCGCCGACGACAACCACCGCCGCCGCCCCGUGCCGGACGUGCCGCUCGGCGAGGACGACCGGGAGCGCGUGCGGAGCGUGCUCGACCGCCACCGCGUCGCGGGCAAGCGCCUGCUGCUGUGCUCGGGCGGCCGCGACACGCUGGUGCCGGCCGCGGUCGGGCAGCCCGUGGUGGACGUGCUGACGGAGGCGAGCGCUGGCUGGUAUCCGGCCAUGAGCGUGGAGAGCAGGGUGUAUGAGGAUGUCGGGCACGCAUUCAGCAAGGACAUGGUGACGGAUGCUGUGGCGUUUUUGGUCGAUGCGGUCGCGCGAGGGCCAAGAGAGAGAGAGAGCAAGGCCAAGAUUUGA